AUGCCUGUCUUUCAAGAAACCUCCAACGCGGCGCGAGACCAGAGAAUCCUCCCUUCGCGCGCUCUACCGUUACCCCGACUCUCUCAGCAGCCAGACUUGUCCAAUGUCUCCGAGGAACAUAAGGAAGUCGUCGUCAUUGGUGCUGGACCGGCAGGUCUGUUUCUAACCUUGCUGCUCGCAAGAUAUGGUAUCACAGAAGCCUCACUUCUCUGUCUGGACUCCAAGCCGGGUACGCUGAAAGCCGGUCAGGCAGAUGGACUCCAACCCAGAACUCUUGAGGUAUUCCAAAGUUUGGGAAUAGCAAGUGAGAUCAUCAGUGAGGGAUGUCAUAUGGAAGAGGUUGCAUUUUGGAACCCCGUGCAAUCGAACGCAAACACCAACGGCAAUGGUUCUCAUGAUACAGGAAUUGAACGGACCAGUUUCGCACCCGAUGUCAACGUCCCUGCUCGUUUCCCGUUUGAGGUUACCAUUCACCAAGGCCGAAUUGAGCGAAUUCUGGAAGAGAACCUUCAUCUCUAUGCAGGCAAGAGUGCCAUCAGAAGAUCGCAUCGUUUCCUGGAGUACACAGUCGACGAAACCAACCCUGAAUUCCCCAUCAUGGUUAAAUACGAACAAGAUCUUAAAGAUGGAUCAACUCAACAAGGCACCGUUCGAACAAAGUAUCUCAUCGGUGCAGACGGCGCACGCUCGAAAGUCCGAAAAUGCAUGGGUCUCGAGCUCGAGGGUGAAACAACAGAUCAUAUCUGGGGUGUAUGCGAUUUCGUCGCCGACACCGACUUUCCCGAUAUUCGCAAACGCUCAGCAGUUCACUCAGACGCUGGUUCUGUCAUGGUCAUUCCCAGAGAACAGAUUGCAACGGGCGAGUAUCUCACUCGUCUUUACGUUCAGGUUGCUGAAGAGGUCGACACCAGUGGGGAUACUGGGACAGACAAAAAAUCUGCUGAUAAGAAGCGACGUGGUGCGGUUACGUUGGAAUACAUCUUCGAGCAAGCGCGGCAGGUUUUUGCGCCGUAUGAGAUUAAGAUCAAGGAGGGGACGGAGCCAGAUUGGUGGGCGGCUUAUCAGAUUGGACAGCGUAUGGCUUCCAGGUUUUCUGCUAAGAUGUCUGAUGGAGUGGAAAGGGUGUUCAUUGUUGGAGAUGCCUGCCAUACUCACAGCCCUAAAGCCGGUCAGGGCAUGAACGUCUCGAUGAUGGACUCUUACAACCUCGCCUGGAAGCUCGCCCACAGGAUCCAUGGCCUUACUCCCGCAAGUCCCUAUGGAAUAGACUCUAUCCUCGAAACAUUUUCCCAAGAGCGCGUUGAUGUAGCUCGCCAGCUCAUUGAGUUCGACGCCCAGUUCUCGCACAUGUUCUCCGGUCGCAUUGGAUCAGCAGAUGCCGAGACCUCGGGUCUCACCCAUGAAGAGUUUCUUCGAGUCUUCAGUGAGGGCAGCGGUUUCACUAGUGGUUGUGGACUUCAGUACAAGGAGAGUAGAUUGAUCAAGGAGUUGGAUGCGAAGAGUAACUUGUUCCGGGGAGAUCCACUUCUGGGCGCGUUGACUCCAGGACGACGACUGCUUGAUGUUGAGGUGAAGCGCUAUGCUGAUGCUACUGCUCGUCAUCUGCAAGAUGAAAUGCCACCGACUGGCCGUUACUACAUCCUCGUCUUCACAAGCAACGACCUGCUCGACCAAUCCGGCACUUCGCAGUCAGCUUUACAGUCAUCCGUCGAUAUUCUACAAAAGUUCCCGAAAGGCACCGUAACCCCAAUUGUGAUGCAUCCACUCACUUCAAGAUUCGAGUGGACUGAUCUGCCAGCGGGAGUAAAGACAUUUGCUGAGAUGCGGACUUAUGGAGUGUCAAAGAAGGAGGACGUCUACCAAGUGUUGGGUGUAUCAAAGGAUGAUGGUAUCGUUGCAGUGGUGAGACCUGAUGGAUAUGUUGCUCCUCAAUUCGCCUUGUGCUCUCAGCCUCAGACCUUUACGAUAUUGAUCCGUUGCCUCGCUUGCUGUCUCACUAGUCGUUGCACCACAAUGGCCUCUGCUCAAAACAUCAUCAAAUGCGCCGUACUUUCUACAAGCCGCAAGAUAUCUUACAGUAUCGCACAAAAAUCACAAAAUGGCCCUUGGAUUGUCCUCUCAAACAGCUUCGGCGCUGACACCACUCUGUAUCAGCCCAUCGCUCAGCGCCUCGCCUCAUUAGGCUACCGAGUCCUGAGUUACGACCAUCCGGGUCAUGGUCAAAGUAGUCCUGUCAAAGAUGUCGAUAACGUCGAGAUGGAAGAACUGAUAAACGAUAUCGACGAACUCCUUCGAGUCUUGCACAUCGACAGCAUCCGCGCCUGGGUCGGCGUCUCACUUGGCGCAGCCAGCGGCGUCUACCUAGCCUGCCGUCACCCAAAAUUGAUCCAAAACCUUGCAUACUGCGCAUGCCCUCCUGCAUCUUUUGGCGCCCUUGAUAUAAUGCCGCUUGAUUACUUCGACAAGAUGCGCGCUCAGGCUGAAGCAGAUAGGACUACUGCGACUGUUAUUCGGCAAAUGCACUACGGCUGGGCGAGCAAAGAGUGGCUUGAUGAACAUCCAGACCAGGAUGAACGACUUAAAUUUGCUAGUUCAACUCUGAGUCUCGAUGGCUUGCGUGCGAUGAUGACGUUGCAGAAGAAUAAGCGCUUUGACAUGCGGCCGCUCGUACCUCAGCUUUUGGAAAGCUGUGAGAAGAUAAUGUUUGUUAAAGGAGGCCAUGAUGCGCACCUCAACCCUUUAGUGGAUAUGAUGAGAGAUUUGGUUGUCAAGACUGCGCAGGAGAAGGUACGACUUUAUGGGGAUGAACACUUUGAGUUCCUCACGGUUGGCAGUGACGGCAUCUUGAUGGCGCUAGUUUGCACCCUUCAUUCUUCUAUCAUUUACAUUACCCUCACCGUCAUCAUGGGAAGCAUUCAUCAACCUCACUCACACACCUAUCCAGAUCCAAAUGGCUUCUACGGCCAAUUCGGUGGUAACUUCUACCCACCCGAAGCUCACCAAGCACUCGAAGAACUGGCCACCAAGUACCAAGAACUCCGCCACUCACCCUCGUUCAACCAAACGCUCAACAAAGUCCGCAUCGGUCUGCAAGGCCGCCCAACGCCAAUCCACCAUCUCGAGAACAUCUCCCGAGGAGUCGGCGGUGCUCAAAUUUUCGUCAAGCGCGAAGACCUGAACCACACAGGCGCGCACAAGAUCAAUCACUGCGUUGGUUUCGCACUUCUCGCCAAAGCAAUGGGAAAGACUAAGCUCAUCGCCGAGACGGGGGCAGGUCAACACGGUGUUGCACUCGCGACUGCAGCUGCGUAUUUUGGUCUUGAGUGUGAGGUUCAUAUGGGCGGUGUUGAUACCGAGAAGCAGAAGUCUAAUGUUGGUCGAAUGCAAAUCCUUGGAGCAAGAGUUGUUGCUGCUACCGCGGGACAGUCUGCGUUGAAAGAAGCAAGUGACUCGGCUUUCAAUGCGUAUGUUGAACAGCGAGAGCAUGCGCUGUAUGCAAUUGGUUCGGCGAUUGGGCCCCAUCCAUUCCCAUUGAUUGUGAGAGACUUUCAGUCCGUGAUCGGCAAAGAAGCUCGAGAGCAAUUCCUAGCCAUGAGUGAUGGUACUCUGCCUGAGCAUGUUGUCGCAUGUGUCGCUGGAGGAUCCAAUGCGAUGGGAAUGUACUCUGCUUUCAUUGAUGAUACAGAAGUGAAGUUACAUGCGGUGGAACCAUUGGGACGAUCCGAGAAACUUGGCGAGCAUGCAGCGACACUAUCAUACGGUAGACUAGGUACAUUGCAUGGCGCAAAGACGCUGGUACUCCAACAAGAUGAAGGCAAGCCUGCACCCGUUUCAUCCGUAGCCUCGGGGCUAGUCUAUCCUGGUAUUGGACCUGAGGUGGCAAUGCUUCACGACGCUGGGCGUAUAUCAGUCACAACAGUUGGCAACGACGAGGUCAUCAGCACAUUCUUCCGCAUGGCAAAGAGCGAGGGUAUCAUCAUUGCUCUAGAGAGCGCACAUGCAAUCGCAUUGGCCAUUCGUUUGGCAGCGCAACGACCUUCAUCAGAGCGGAUUCUGGUCAAUCUAUCGGGGCGAGGAGAUAAAGAUGUAGAUUAUGUUCUCGAGCAUCAUGGAACUGGUUGA